UGCCAGUCUCUCACACAUAUAUUCCCUCACUCGCUUGCUCUCGCGCAGACUGGCGGGCAGCCGUGGCGAGCGAACGUUCACGCAUCCCUCUCCCUCUCUCUUCCUGUGUUACUCCCUGCCAUAAUCUCCCACUGCAUCUACCCUUCACAAGCCAGUAAGCAUAAUGGAGGGAGAGGAGUUUCGCCAAGCUUCCAAGGAGAUCACUGACUUUAUCAUCAGUUAUCUGGACAACAUCAGAGACAGGCGUGUGCUGCCGAAGGUGGAACCCGGUUAUCUGCGCCCCCUCCUACCUGACGCGGCGCCUGAUACCCCAGACUCUUGGCAGGAUGUGAUGAAGGAUAUAGAAAGGGUUAUCAUGCCCGGGGUAACUCACUGGCACUCACCUCAGUUCCACGCUUAUUUUCCUACUGCCAACACCUUUCCUUCUAUUUUGGCGGACAUGCUAAGUGCUGCUAUUGGUUGCAUUGGGUUCUCCUGGAUCUCGUCGCCAGCCUGCACGGAACUUGAGGUGGUCAUGAUGGACUGGUUAGGGAAGCUGAUUGGCCUGCCUCCUGUGUUUCUGGCGUCCUCAGGUGGUCCAGGUGGCGGCGUGAUACAGGGCACAGCGAGCGAGGCGACACUGGUGGCGAUGCUGGCAGCGAAGGCGAAGGUCCUAGAUCAGAUGGGAGAGAAGGGCAAGGGAAUUGAACUCGGGGACAGGUCUCACACACUGGUGGCUUACUUCUCAGAAGAGGCUCAUUCCUCAGUGGAGCGGGCGUGCAUGCUGGCCAGCGUCACUCCCAGGAAGGUGAAGGUGGAUGACCAACACGCCCUCAGAGGAGACCCACUGAAGGAGGCGGUGAAGGAGGACAAGAAGAAAGGUCUUAUUCCCUUCAUGGUGGUCAGCACGAUGGGCACAACUGGCCUGUGUGCCUUUGACAACUUGAGAGAGAUCGGCGAGGUGGCGCGGGAGUUUGGUCUUUGGCACCACGUGGACGCUGCCUACGCUGGCGCCUCUCUGGUGUGUGAGGAGUUCCGCUACCUGGCUGAUGGAGUGGAGCUUGCGGACAGCUUUGAUUUUAACCCCCACAAAUGGCUCCUUGUUAAUUUCGACUGCUCUGCCAUGUGGCUGCAGGACUCGAGGUACGUGGUGAACGCCUUCAGUGUGGACCCUUUGUACCUCAAGCACGACUACCAGGGCCAGAUUCCAGACUACAGGCACUGGCAGAUUCCACUGGGACGCCGGUUUCGCUCCCUCAAGCUGUGGUUUGUGAUGCGUCUGUACGGAAAGCAAGGACUACAGGCUCACAUUAGGAAGCAGGUCUCCCUUGCACACCAGUUCGAAGACCACGUGAAGUCUGACCCACGCUUCAUAGUAACGCACCCCGUGACCGUGGGACUCGUGUGCUUCCGGCUGGACGCAGACAAUGAGGUGAAUGAGAACCUGCUGAAGAGGAUCAACGCAUCGGGGGUCAUCCAUCUGGUGCCGGACAAGCAUCACGACUUCUUCUACCUCAGGUUCGUAGUGUGUUCCCGCCUGACAGAGGAGAAAGAUGUUGAGUUGGCGUGGCGUGAGGUGGCCAGGCAGGCAGACUUGGUGAUGCAGUGUGGCCCGUCAGGACAAGACAUGUUUUCUGCCAGGCUCAUCAGGAAGAAGGUCGAGAAGGCAGGGUCAACAAGGGUCAGCGGGGAGAAGAAGACUGCGAAAAGGAAAAGGAAGAAUGACAAGGUAGCCAACAAGCCACAAGCCGUCAGAAGCAAGAGGCUGCGGAUGGCGUCUACCGGUGCUGGUGGUUUUGCUGCCGUCACCACCACCACUGCCGCUCACCAGGACACCAGUACCGACACAGAUAUCAACAAGAACAAGGUCACUCGCUCAACACUCAACAACAACAAGAACAACAACACAGCAAACAAGAAGAAAGACAAGCAGACAAAGAGGAAAAAACACAAGAAUCUCAAGAAGAAAAAGGAAGGCAACACAGCAAGGGGGAACAAGUCAACGAGAGUCCCUGUGCUGUACAAGAACAGUGAGAGAGACAGCCAACACUUGUGCUAUGAUUCAGAGACUAGCAUUGCGUCCUUAGAGAGGGAGAACCACCAGGAUACCUUUGAUUUAGAGGGCAGUUUCACAUCUAUGAAGGUAAGAAAGGACCAGCAGAAGACUCAAGAUUUAGAGAACAGUUUCACAUCCCUUGAGAGAGAGAACCACCAAGAUUCAGCAAACAGUUUCACGUCUGUAGCUGCAAGAGGUGGCCACUGGAAGACCCAAGACUCCAGCAGUAUGGCCAGCAAGAAACACAGAUACAAGGCCAUGGAGACACAGCAGCAGGAUGAAAUGAAUGCAAGUCUUGUGGGGGAGUGCCUCACGUCGACAGCCACAGAGAGAGGUAGUGUAGUGGCAGCCCUCGCUGAAGACACCACACUCUACCUGCACGGGUGUGUGGUGGUGCGGCCUCUCCUGGGCUCUGUUGAGAUCCUGGGCUAUGUUCUGCAGCAGGGGGAAAGCCAGGCCAUCUACUCCCUGCCGUCCAUAUCCCUGCUUGGCGUGACGGCGCAGGACUGUGUGGAGGUGGAGGCAGGGAGUGAUGUUCUGCAGGGUCUUCCAUCAGCCUGGGUGGAGGAUUUGGUGCAGAGGGACACCAAAGUAACAAUCCUGGAGGUCCUGCCACACUCCUCCCCACGUGUCAACUUCCUGGUGAGUGCCGGCUGGGGGUCGCUCGGCAAGCCCUGGAACUGGCAGAAGCCAUGGCACAGUGUUGGUGCCUCUGUGGUCACCCCCCGCAAUUGCUUCAAGACACGCAUCACUCACAUUCGGCCUGAGUGGAGGGAGGCGGCGCAGACUGUGGCAACCAACUGGGGCUGUGGUGCAGUGCCCCGUGUGGUGGUGUGUGGUGGGAAGGGUGUUGGCAAGAGCACCUUUUUCAAGUACCUGGCUAACACCCUCAUCAGCACCCAGCCAGACACAGGCAUCCUCUGUCUUGACUUCGACCCAGGACAGCCUGAACUCUCCCUGCCCACCUCCCUGUCCCUCACACACCUCACCAAGCCUCUGCUGGGCCCAGCCUUCACCCACAAUCUAGAGGAGGUGUCCCUGCACCACAGACACAUUCUGGUGGGUGCGGUGAGCCCACAGUUUGUCCUGGAGGAGUACGUGAGUGCGGUGCAGGAGUUGUGCAAGACGGCCGGGGGCAUAGAGGGUGAUUUACCACUGCUGGUCAACACAAUGGGCUGGACUCAGGGCACGGGACUCGGGCUUAUGCUGGACGUGUUGCGUCUGGUGCAGCCCACACAUGUCAUUCAGAUACAGGACCGCCGGGAUGCCAGGAACUACCCCUUCCCUCUAGACGCGGGUGCUGUCAGCACAGCGAGGGGUGGCAUAGCCACACAUGGCGACACAGAGAUGCACUACAGCUUGACGCUGCUGCCCAGUGCCGGCCCAGGGGCUGCAGCGCCAAACAUGGCCCAGCCCAAGGUGCAGCGCGAGCUGAGGGUGCUGGCUGAGGCAGGGCGGGCGGCGGAGACCGGCCAUCACAUCACAGUGCCGUGGGGCAAGGUGGCCCUGCAUGUGUGUGAGGAACAAGUGCCCAGGGAACGCAUCCUUCAGGCACUCAAUGCCCAACUGGUGGCCCUGUGCCACGUGGAGCCCGCCAACCUGCAUACACUGCAGGACAACCUGCCCCAGCUACUGGCAACACACACAGGCUUUGGUGACCUGCUGGGCUGGGCCGUGGUGAUGGGCGUCGACUCCCUCACUGGCGACCUGCACCUGGCCACCAACCUGCCACCCCAGCAGGUCACUCAGGAGGUCAAUGCUCUCAUCAUGCCCAGGAUACACCUGCCUGCCUCCUUCUACAAGCUGUUUUGUGUGGGCAUGGGGCCAUACCUGGAGGAGGGGAGCCGGGAGGGGGCAGGCAGGCUGAGGGUGGGGCGCAAAAUCAAGCCGAGAGGACCCAAGUAGUGAUAGGAUGCAGGAUGAAGCCAAGAGGACCCAGACACCAACAGGCAGGACACUGGAGGGUUUGCUGUGAGCUGGAUCAACGGGACGUGGGGUUCAGUACAAUUUAUCUCGGCAAAUCACAAAAUUUUUAUUUCUGGUGGAAAAUUAAGUUUAUUCUCCUAAAACACUAUAUUUUUCACUCCUUUUGGCUGAAAAUUAAGAUUACUUCAGGAAAAAACACUCAAUUUUUCACUCUCUUAUAGGCAAUUAAGUCCAGUUUAUUGCAGCUAAACGAUAUAUUUCAUUUGUGAUGGGAAGUUAAGUUUAUACCAGUUUAUUUCAACAAAAGCUUUAAAUUUUGAUCCUGACAAGGAAUGAAGCACAGUGUAUUGCAGCCAAACACUAGCUAUCUCUCUUCAGGCAGAAAAUUAAGUUUAUUUUUUCACUCACAGGGAAUUAUUUAUUUGUUUUAUUGUAUUUAUUUGUGCAUUUUUUUAUGUAAGAGGGGGACUGGCCACGGGCAACACAAGAGUGACAAGAAAAGCCCACAGAGGUGCCAGUCUCAGAAGAAAGGUUAAAAAGACUUGCAGGAUAAAUACAGAAGACUUUAAUUUUUCACUCCUACAGGGAACCGAGGACAGCUUGAUGAUGCAGCAGAACACUCUUACUCUUCAGCCAGAAAAUUAAGUUUGUUCCAGUAAAACGCUUUAUUUUCAUUCUUUUUUGGGGGGAAAAUUAAGUGUAUUGUAUUAGAACCCUUUAUUUUUCACUCUGAGGGACUCCAGUACAGUUUACUUCAAGCAAAUCUUGUGUCUGCACGAUGAAUCAGUACUUUCCUGCAUCAUCAGACUUACAGUGCAUUCAAUCUUUCAUUAUACAUCAAAUAAAUAAAUAUUGCAGGGAGAUAAGUACAGUUUACUACAAAGCACUGCCUCUUUUGUACCAUUUUUGCAGUAUUUAAAUUUAUAUCAACAUUACCUUCAACCCUUUCACUGUAAGAUCAUUGUCCUCAUCAACAUAAACACCUGUAACUUUCUGUACACUUAUUUUUGGUCUUCAGUCUCUCGUACAACUUGGAGACAAAAUUUACUUUCAUUUCUGUAUAUUUUUUUAAUCUUUUCAGGUGUACUCAAAUUUGUAUCUUGGGCCUUCUUUGUCACUUUAUUUUAUCCUCAUACUCAUAAACAUCACUAAUUUUCUAAGCACUUCUCCUUGCUACAAUUUCUUAAACUACCUAGAAACACUAAAUUUACUUUCCAUUCUGUAUUUUUAUUGUUCUCACCUGUAUUCAGUUUUAUAUAUUCAGUUAAAGAAUGUUAUUAUUUUUUUUUAUUAUUAUUAUAAUUUUUUUUUUCAGUCACUUGUAGAUUAAAAAAUGUUGUAUUAUAUUUUUCUGUAUCAAUUAGAGGUACUUUUAAAUUUUAAAAUGUGAUUUAUAUAUUUAUUUGUUUCAUUUUCUGUAUUUAUUUUUAUUUAUUCAUUUUAUUUAUUUAUUUAUUUUUUUAUGAGACUUGCAAAUUAAGGAACAGUUUGUGAUACAGUAAUUUCUUCCAUCAAUUAAACCCAGUUGUAAAUAAGAAAACAAGUGAUCAAUUUAUUCAUUUAUUUGUUUUCUUAUACCAACGAAAGACCUUUAUAGUUUAAGGAAUAUUGUGUGAUAUUUUUUCCACCAGUUAAAGAAUGUUAUAUUUGCAUAACCCAUAUUUUUCCCCCACUCUGUGUUGUAUAUAAGUAUUUUAAUACAAAACUGUCUCUA